UAAAGAUUGAAAAUUUGGAGCUUGUUCUGCACAUAUUUUUCCCUCUUCAAUAAUUGUCAAAGCAAAAUCUCGAGUAUCCCUACUGCAAUAAGACACUUUCACACUGCUCUAUCAACAGAGAAAUCAAGAAAAUGAUGGAUUGUGGCAAGAAAGAGGAAGCAGGUCCAUCUCAUGGCGGUGUUACUUGGGAUAAGAGGAAGGAGGAAGAAGAUGGAGAAAGUGAAGAAGAUGACCAUCAUCAAGAUCCUUCUGCUGCUGCAACAAGUUUUAUUCCUGGUCCUCUUCUUUCUCUUAAAGAUCAAAUUGAAAAGGACAAGGAGGAUGAGAGCUUGAGGAGGUGGAAAGAAAAGCUGCUUGGUUGUCUGGAAAGCGACUUAGAUGGGCAAAUGGAACCUGAAGUUAAGUUCCACUCAGUUGGAAUCCUUUCCUCUGACUUUGGGGAGAUUAAUACUCCAUUACCUAUCAAAGAAGAACAAAGCAAUUAUGUCCUCUUUACGCUCAGGGAGGGCUCUGAGUAUCGGCUUAAGCUAACAUUUAGUGUUCUACACAACAUUGUGUCUGGUUUGGCCUACACAAAUAUAGUAUGGAAGGCUGGUCUUCAAGUUGAUCAAAGUAAGGGAAUGCUUGGCACCUUUGCUCCUCAUCGAGAACCCUACAUACAUAUGCUAGAAGAGGAGACCACUCCAUCAGGUGCACUUGCAAGAGGAACAUAUACAGCUAAACUUAAGUUCAUGGAUGAUGAUAAAAGAUGUCAUUUGGAGCUCAACUAUUCAUUUGAAAUCAGCAAGGCUAGGUAGCCAAGGUAUCCCUGCAGCUAUUUCUGGCCUUCUUGGAAACUGGAUAUUCGACUGAAUUCGUAGUGUCUUUGGAUUGUGCCCUCGUUUACUGGAUCCAGCACAUACAUAGCAAUAGCUUUAGCAAAUAUGAUUUACUUUUACAGUUGAUCUCUUGAUGCCUUGUAUGAAAUUUGGCUGUUUUUCAUGUUACUGCAACAAAAUCCUUUAUUUCACAUUGCUAAAGCCUUUUUUCCUUGUGCAUGCCAGACCGCGCAUUACAAAUUAACACUGAAUGCACCUGUUAUGAUCCUUUUUUUUUCCUUU